AUUCCCCCGAUAAGUGCAAAAAUAAAUAAAACAACACGCGAAUUUCUUAUUAAUUUUUCAGUGAUUUUUCCAGAAUAUCCGGAAAAGUUUUAAUUUUAACAAAUAAAUAGAAAAAAAAACAGUCACAAUGUCCCUUAGAGAUUUAGUGGAUCCCGAAUGUGGGGGCGCGAAUCAGCUGGUGCGCAUGGGGAAUCAAAUAACAAGAGAUCCCACGUACAAGGAUGAAGGAUUCAGCGGUCACCCACAGACGGCAAUGCCCGGACGACAAGCUUUCAGCUCGGAUCAGCUUGUCAAUGACUUCAUGGCUCAAAUGACGAAUGCAGCCCCCCCGCAGACCUUCCGGAUGGAUGCUCUGCUGAAGGAGAUGCGUGACAUUGAUGCCCAGAGUUUUGGGCAUCCCAUUGUACCGGCUCCACCCAUAAUCCAGGAGGUUAAUCGCAGUGAUGCCUGGUCAUCGGAAUUCCUCGAGCAUCAGAAGCAUAUUUUUGAUUCUCCCAGCAAAACAGCUGGCACACCUGGAGCUGCAAUUGGUGGCGCUGUGUGGACCCCGAGAAUGCCUCCGGGAAUGAUGGGUGAUCCCCUAUUUCAGCCACAAGUACAUAAUCAAUCAGGUGGUGUGGCGUGGACGAAGGAUUUCUUCGACAGAGCCGAAAAGGUUGAAAAGGAGAAAACACUGCAGGGACAACCAACAGCUGAAGAGCAGGAUGAACUCCGGAGGGCAGCUGAUGAUCUCCUGCGUACAAUGGGAAGUGAUUCUGAUCCAUUCCAGUACUCUGAAUUUGUGGAUUUCAUGAAGAAUGUCCGAGAUGAUUCAUCAGUUCUCACCAUGGAGGGCGGUGAGAAGGUUGACGGGGAAGCUGCAGCAUCUACAGAUUGGGUCAAGGAUUAUGUGGAGACGAUGAAAGAAGAAGCUGAUAAGAAAGAUGAGUACAACCAGCAAUUCUGGAAUCGGCUUCAGGAUGAAUGGCGGCAAAUUGCAGAAGCAAACGACGAGCAUCAUCCGUGGUUGACGGAAUUCCAGGACUUUUAUGACCCGUACAAGGAGUACAAAUUCGACGAGGACAACCCAAUGACAAAUGAUGAGAAUGUUUUCGAGAAGGGAAAGGCUUUCCUCGCACAGGGAGACAGCUCCAGUGCGGCUCUUUGCUUCGAAUUGGCUGCUAAGCAGGAUUCAACGAAUGCCGAAUGUUGGGAAUUACUCGGACGUGCACAGGCGGAAAAUGAGAAGGAUCCCCAAGCUAUUCCGGCACUGAAGAAAGCCCUAGAAUUGCAACCGAACAACAUGAAUGUCCUGAUGGCGCUCGCUGUGUCGUACACAAAUGAAGGACUUCAGACGCAGGCACUGAGGAUGUUGAUAAAUUGGAUGAAGAUGCAUCCCAAGUACUCCCAUUUGGUACCCGAUGCCAUGGGGGAGGCUGAAGAAGGUGCCGUGGGGGGAUCCAUUGCAAAACCUCCUUAUCUUUCGGACAUUCAGGAUCUCUUCCUGGCAGCCGUGAGGAUGGACCCAAGUGUAAUUGAUACAGACAUCCAGGAAGCCCUGGGGGUGCUGUUUAAUCUCUCAGCAGACUACGACAAGGCGGUGGAUUGCUUUGAAGCUGUGGUGAAGAUGCAACCGGAAAAUCCCAAAGCGUGGAAUCGCUUAGGAGCCAGUCUUGCCAAUGGGAAUCGUUCAGUGGAGGCAGUUGAUGCCUAUCAGCGUGCCCUGGCUAUUCAUCCGGGCUUCAUUAGGGCACGCUACAACGUUGGCAUCAUCUGCAUCAACCUGAAGGCCUACAAGGAAGCAGCAGAGCACCUCCUAACGGCUCUCAAUCAUCAGGCGACUUCUUCAGCACGCUCCGGGAUUGUCAGGGAUGCUUCAUACAAGCAAAUGUCCAAUGGAAUUUGGAGUACACUCCGGAUGGCGGUUUCCCUGCUGGGGCGCCAUGAUCUCCAACCGGCUAUUGACAGGAAGGAUCUCGAUGCAAUGAACAAAGCCUUUGAGAUGAAUGAUGUUUAAGGAUUUGCUGGAGAUUCAUCUGCUGUCCAGGUUAAUCUUUUAUUUGGUUGGUGAUAAUUUGACUGGCAAUUUUAUUUUUUAAAGGUUCGAUUUUAUUUUGUUAAAGGUUUUAAAAUAAUAAAAAAUGGGAUAUUUUUACAAAA